GUAAAGGAAGCAAGGGAAGUCCAUCAGCUGAGGAGUGUUUCAGGUUUCAUGAUGCACUCUUUGUGAAAAGAAUGACAGUGCUUCUGUUUAGGCAUUCACCAUGGCAGAUGCAGGGCAAGUACCGCAAAUGUUUGUCUCCCGUACAAAGUUUCGCUCCACUCAUCCUCUGGAUGGCAUUGACAUAGCCCUGGGCCACUCUGGUAUUUCUGCCGAAACUCCCAUCACCGUUAGUGAGAUGAUGAAGGGGACAGUGGGCAAAAUCCCCAAUGGAGUUGCCCUCAGUUACAAGCUUGGAGACAGAUGGUCAAGCAUCACCUACCAGCAGUACUACGACCUCUGCAUAUCUGCAGCCAAGUCCUUCAUAAAGUUGGGUCUAAAGCCUUCACAUGCUGUGGUCAUCAUAGGGUUUAAUGCCUGUGAGUGGCAUAUCUCGUGCCUGGGUGCAAUAUUUGCUGGGGGAAUUGCAUGUGGAACAUAUGCCACCAACAGUUCAGAGGCCUGCAAGUACAUUGCUGGUGACUGCAGAGCUACAGUUGCUGUGGUGGAGGACGAAAUACAACUCAACAAGUUUUUGGAGAUCCGUAGUGAGCUACCUGAACUACAAGCUAUUGUGCAGUAUAGGGGGAAACCAAGGCAACAGUACCGAGAUGUUUACACUUGGGAGCAGUUCAUGGGACUUGGCAAACACGUUGAGACCAGUGUGGUGGAGAGAGUCGUGCAGGCACAGACACCUAACCAGUGUGCCUCUCUGGUCUACACGUCAGGGACUACUGGUAAUCCUAAAGGAACGAUGCUGAGUCAUGACAAUCUGACCUGGACUGCCAAAGCUCUUGCAUCCACCUCCCAUGAUGUCAAGUUUGGUGUCGAACACUUUGUCAGUUACCUUCCCCUGAGUCACAUUGCUGCCCAGAUGGCGGACAUAUACUUUUCAAUCACAGUUGGUGCUUGCUGCCAUUUUGCCCAACCAGAUGCUCUUAAGGUUCGUUAUCAAACAGAAUAAUAAUAGCUAAUCGCAGUAGGAGUCCCCCUCUGCUCAUGCAUGUAGGGGACACUGGUUGAGACUCUUAGGGAAGUGCAACCAACACAAUUCUUUGCUGUACCACGAGUGUAUGAGAAGAUGAUGGAGAGGAUGCAAGAAAUGGGAGCCACUGUGACUGGAUUCAAGAGAGUCCUGGCUGACUGGGCCAAGAGAAAAGGCUUGGAGGGAAACCAAAACUUUCUCAGAAAUGAGUCAGUGCCGUGGGGUUGGAGUUUGGCCAAUAUGCUCGUGUUCAAAAAAGUGCGCGAGGCUCUUGGCUUCCAGCGAUGCAAGGGGUUCGGAGUGGGAGCUGCUCCCAUCAAGAUGGAGACUUUGGAAUACUUCAUGUCUCUCAAUAUCCCUAUCCGGCCCACGUAUGGAAUGAGUGAAUCCAGUGGACCUCACAGCCUCUGCAAGAUGGACCCCAGCUGGUGGAACCCUGCCAGUGUUGGCAAGGACAUGCCUGGUGUGCAGACAAAAAUAUUCCAGCCUGACUCAAAUGGGGAAGGAGAAGUGUGUUUCCGUGGACGUCAUGUUUUCAUGGGGUAUGUGAAUAACUGGGAGAAGACGACCGAGGCUAUUGACUAUGAGGGGUGGCUUCAUUCUGGUGAUAUGGGGAGGAUUGACGAGAAAGGCUUUCUUCACAUCACCGGGCGAUUCAAAGAGCUCAUCAUCACUGCCGGGGGAGAGAAUAUCCCGCCAGUCCAACUGGAGGCCAAUAUCCUGCGAGAGAUUCCGUUCCUGAGUAACGUCAUGAUAGUGGGAGACAAGAGACCCUAUCUCACUUGUCUCAUGACCCUCAAAUGUGAUGUGGACGUCAACACGGCAGAGCCACAGGACACCCUCACUCCUCUGGCUAGAAAGGCUGUAGAGGAACUGGGGUCUCCUUGUACCACGGUGUCUGCCAUCAUCAGCAGCAGAGACCCUGCCGUCUUCUCUGCCAUCUCUCAAGGACUGGAGCGAGCCAACCAGAAAGCAGCUUCUAAAGCCCAAAAGGUUCAGAAAUGGGCCCUCCUCAAUACUGAUUUUUCUCUUCCAGGCGGGGAGUUAGGUCCUACUUUGAAGCUGAAGCGGUUCUUUGUGUUAAGGAAGUAUGCAUCUACUAUCAACUCCAUGUAUGAGCAGGCAGAAUCAGGCGGACUUCAAUCCAAACUCUGACACUUGAACAAUGUUAUAAUUAUUAUAGUAUGUGGUAUAUACAAAUAUUGACCCAUUUUUUUAAUAUAGGGUGAGGUAAAACAUCCCAUAACGAGUAGG